UAUGUCGCAUGACGAUGACGUUAGUUUUAGGGGCCGGUAGCUUCAUUACGCCUCUCUAAAGUGGUUUCAUCUUUGUCUUAGUCAUGUCGCGGGGAUCCAGCGCAGGGUUUGACCGGCACAUUACAAUCUUCUCACCUGAGGGCCGGUUGUACCAAGUAGAAUAUGCCUUUAAAGCAAUCAACCAGGGUGGCCUCACAUCUGUGGCUGUUCGAGGAAAAGACUGUGCAGUUGUCGUUACACAAAAGAAAGUCCCAGACAAGCUACUUGACAGCAGCACUGUUACUCAUUUAUUCCGGAUAACUGAAAAUAUUGGUUGUGUUAUGACCGGAAUGACAGCUGACAGUAGAUCACAAGUGCAAAGAGCACGUUAUGAAGCUGCAAACUGGAAGUACAAGUAUGGCUAUGAGAUCCCGGUUGACAUGCUUUGCAAAAGAAUUGCCGAUAUCUCUCAGGUGUACACACAAAAUGCAGAAAUGAGGCCAUUAGGAUGCUGCAUGAUUCUAAUUGGUGUAGAUGAAGAAAAUGGCCCACAAGUGUAUAAGUGUGACCCAGCUGGAUACUAUUGUGGCUUCAAAGCUACCACAGCCGGUGUAAAACAAACAGAGGCUACCAGCUUCCUUGAAAAGAAAGUGAAGAAGAAGUUUGAUUGGACCUAUGAGCAGAGUGUUGAGACUGCCAUUUCCUGUCUUUCCACGGUGCUGUCUAUUGAUUUCAAGCCUUCUGAGCUUGAGGUUGGCUUAGUGUCUGUCCAGGACCCAAAAUUUAGAAUCCUCACUGAAGCGGAAAUUGAUGUACAUCUUGUUGCACUUGCAGAACGCGACUAGUGUUUUAUUUGUCUCUGAAGCCUGCUGAGAAGUAGCUUACAUAAUAAUAAACCUUCACAAUUACUUUUUUUGUUCUCUCUCUAUAAAUAAAUCAGAUUUUUUUUUUGGA